UUUUGCCUUUUUUGAUAUGCAUAUUUGGUCAUAAGUAUUGUCUGCUACAGUGGAACAGACAUGGACUCGCAGGCGUCGAAUUCGGAGCGUACGGCUCGAUACCUGCACGAAGAGAAGCUCAGGAAACAAGAGAGUGGCGAGACUGAUAAGAAGAUGGCGUGUCGGUGGUUCCUAGACCGGUCGUUUUACUGCGUCACACCUGGCAACCAAAUGGAGCAUUUUUACCGAUACGGCCAAGUGGACGAGUGCAAGUUCACGUGGAAGAACAUGUAUCUGUGCUACCGGGCGAGUAUGAUGGACGAAGAAAAGCGCCAGGACUUCCUCAAGGACACGCCGCUCGACGCGUCCAAUGGCCCGCACAUUACGGACGUGUGGGAAAAGAAGGAAGUUCCAGGCUGGUAGAGCGGCCAUUUUGUCUGCUGGGAGGCUUUUGCAGACUUGAUAAAUGUCUUGGGAAGCUGCACAAGAAUUCCACUCACUCUUUUACUCACUCCACUCCCUAUCGAUAGCACUUCAGUUUUGUCCGGUAGCUCACGUGGCCCUGUUUGCUUCCC